AUGGCGCCGAUAAUGCCGCAAACGCCUCACAAGGAUGACCUCGAGGAAACUUGGUCGUUCUUGGAGUCGGGUAUCAACAAUGUGAUGCACAAGCUGGACGAGGGCGUUGACAUGAAACAUUACAUGGCUCUUUACACGGCCGUCCACAAUUUUUGCACAUCACAGAAAGCCGUCGCAAGCAAUCAGGGCUUACAAGCUCAUCGUGGAGCUCACCUGUUGGGCGAGGAACUUUACAAAUUACUGGGCGAAUACCUCUCGCGCCAUCUCAGCGAAGUGCACGACAAAUCCCUAGCCCACUCCGACGAAGCCCUACUGGCAUUCUACAUCCGCGAGUGGACCCGGUACACAACCGCCGCCAAAUAUGUCAACCAUCUUUUCAGCUAUCUCAACCGACACUGGGUCAAGCGUGAGAUAGACGAGGGAAAGAAGAAUGUUUACGAUGUUUACACUUUACACCUGGUCAAGUGGAAGGACGACUUCUUUGAGAAUUUGCAUGCGAAGGUGAUGGACGCAGUGCUGAAUUUGAUUGAGAAGCAGCGGAAUGGCGAAACAAUUGAACAAUCACAGAUUAAGAACAUUGUCGAUUCGUUCGUGUCGUUAGGUCUGGAUGAGAACGAUAGCAAAAAGUCCACCCUCGAAGUCUACCGCAACUACUUCCAACGACCGUUUAUCGAUGCGACAAGAAAGUACUAUGAGAAUGAAUCGCGCCAAUUUGUGGCAGAGAACAGCGUUGUGGAAUACAUGAAGAAGGCCGAGGCUCGGCUGGAGGAGGAGAAGGCUCGAGUGGGUCUUUAUCUACACUCGGAUGUGACGAAGAGCCUCACCGAGACAUGUCUUGAUGUUCUUGUUACCGCCCAUUCCACUCUUCUCCGCGACGAAUUCCAGAUUCUGCUUGAUAAUGAACGCCAAGACGACCUUGCCCGCAUGUACCGCCUCCUAUCGCGCAUCAAGGAGGGCUUGGAUCCAUUGCGUUCCACAUUUGAAAACCAUGUGAGAAAGGCCGGUUUGGCUGCGAUUGAAAAGGUUGCCUCGGAAGGCGAGAACUUUGAGCCUAAGCUGUACGUUGAUGCUCUACUUCAAGUUCACACGCGGUACCAGAAUCUUGUCGACGAAGCCUUCAAUGGCGAGUCUGAGUUCGUUCGCUCGCUUGAUAAUGCUUGUCGGGAGUUUGUCAACCGUAACCGCAUUUGCAAGUCGACCACAACCAAGUCACCUGAACUGCUGGCUAAGUACACCGAUUCCUUGCUCAAGAAGGGCUCCAAGGCUGCCGAGGAGUCUGAGCUCGAGGAAAUGCUCGUCCAAAUCAUGACCGUCUUUAAGUACAUCGAGGAUAAGGACGUGUUCCAAAAGUUCUACUCAAAAAUGCUGGCGAAGCGUCUGGUGCAUGUCAGCUCGGUCUCUGAUGAUGCGGAAACCAGCAUGAUCAGCAAGCUGAAGGAGGCGUGUGGAUUUGAAUAUACCAAUAAGUUGCAACGCAUGUUCCAGGACAUCCAGAUCUCCAAGGAUCUUAAUGCCAAUUACAAAGUGUACCAAGAAAAGGUGCUGGACGACGACGACCGCAAGCGAAUGGUGGACGCACAUUUCCAAGUUCUGGGAACUGGAAUGUGGCCUCUGAACCCCCCAAACACCACAUUCUCCGCGCCCCCAGAGGUUACCAAGUCCGCUGAGCGGUUCCAAAAGUUUUACUUUGAUAAGCACAACGGUCGCAAGCUGACAUGGCUGUGGCAGCUGUGCAAGGGCGAGGUCAAGGCGAACUACAUCAAAAAUGCCAAGGUUCCUUACACAUUCCAGGUGUCCACUUUCCAGAUGGGCAUUUUGCUAUUAUUCAACGAGACCGACACUCUCUCGUACUCGGACAUCCAGAAGGCUACUACCCUGUCUCCUGAUGUCCUCGAUCCCAAUCUUGCUAUUUUCCUGAAGGCGAAGGUGCUCCUGGCGCCCGAUGGUGCCAAGCCCGAGGAUUCAACCAUGUAUACCUUGAACUACAACUUCAAGAACAAAAAGGUCAAGGUCAACCUCAACAUCCAGAUAAAGUCGGAGCAAAAGGUCGAAUCCGAUGACACCCACAAGACGAUCGAGGAAGAUCGGAAGCUGUUGCUCCAGUCCGCCAUCGUCCGCGUUAUGAAAUCCCGCAAGAAGAUGAAGCACGUUCAGCUCGUACAGGAAGUCAUCCAACAGGUCAAAUCACGCUUCCCGCCCAAGAUCCCCGACAUCAAGAAAAACAUCGAGGCCCUUAUGGAAAAGGACUACAUUGAACGUUUAGAGGGAGACGAAGUUUCCUACAUUGCUUAA